GCUCCUCUCCUCCUCUUCUCCUCCCCCCACGCCGGCGCCUCCUCUCCUCCUCCCUCCACCGACGCCGCUGACCUCCUCCACCGCCGCCCAAAACCCCACGCCCCCGCCGCCUUUCCUCAUCGUCUCCGGUCGCCGCCGGCCAGAUCCAGGCCGCCGCCGCCUUUACUCCUCUUCUCCUCCCCCUCACCGCCGCCUCCUCUCCUCCUCCCCAUCCCUCCGCCGCCCCUCCUCUCCUCCUACCCCUCGGAUCUGCGCCGCCGACCACCUCGCCUCUCCGCCGGCAGCCCCAGAUCCGGGCCGCGCGCCUCCUCUCCACCUCGCCCUCGCCGCCGCCGCCUCUUCUCCACCUCGCCCCUUGUCGCCGCCUCUUUUCAACCUCGCCGUCGCCGCCGCCGUCUUCUCGUCGUCCACACCGACCGGCCUCCGCCGCCGAGGCCUCCUCCCCGGUCUCCACCGACGCCGCCACUGCCUCCUCCACCGCCGGCCAGAUCCGGGUCGCCGCCGGCCUCUUCUCCACGCCUUCAAGACCAACGCCGGCGUUAGGAGCAACGUCAAGCCGCCGGCCUCGCCGACCUCCCCCCCUCGGCGUCAAGAGCACCGCCAAGCCGCCGGCCUCCCCGACCAAGGACGCCGCCGUCAUCCUCCCCAAGCCGGCGCCGUCGUCCUCCCCAAGCAGCCGCCGGCCACGUCGCCGCCAAGCCGCGGCCGGCCACCUCCCCGCAAAGCCGCCGGCUGCCUCCUACUUCCUCCCCAAGCCUCCUCGAUCCAGGUACCCCUCUCUUCGCCGCCCCUCCUUUUUUGGAUGAUGCAAUGGUAAUGGAUGGAAUGAUGCAGUGGAAUGGAUGAAUGAUGCAGUGGAUGAUGCAUGCAGUAGAUGCAAUGUUGAAUGAAAUUUUUGAAUGAAUGAAUGAUAUUUGGUUGAAUGGAUGAAUGAUAUGUUGAUUUGUGAUGUUGAGAUGAUGAUGAUAUUUGUGAUAGAUAGAUGGUUGUUUGUGAUAGAUAGCUGAUAUGUGAGAUGAUGAUGAUAUUUGUGAUAGAUAGAUGGUUGUUUGUGAUAGAUAGAUUUGAGAUGAUGAUGACAUUUGUGAUAGAUAGAUGGCUGUUUGUGAUGGAUAGAUGAUAUUUGAGAUGAUGAUGAUUUGUGAUAGAUAUAUAGGACUUGUGCUCUUUGUGAUAAAUAGAUGUAUGUCUACAUGGGAUAGAUGGAUGUUUUAUGUCACUGUGGGCUGUUUUUUUUUCUACACAUGAUGAAAUAUAUGCCCCUGCUGAAAUAUUUUGCUAAUUUUGCAAAUGAUGCUGUUAUGCCCCUGCUGAUGUUGUGCAUAUACAUGAUGAAAUAUAUUUUGCUUCUAUAUGUUUAUAUAUAUGUGAUGUACAUAUAUGCUGUUUACACUUGUUUGUACUGUAUAUUUUGGGCUGUUUUAUGCCUCAUUGUGGUUGAUACAUGUGGGUGAUUGUUGUGGGUGAUAUAUGUGGGCUGAUUUAUAUGUGGGUGAUAUGUGGGCUGUUUUAUACUUGUGGCUGAUAUAUGUGGGCUGUUUUUUGUUGGUGAUAAAUGGCCAAUGAUGAAUGCUUAAGAACAGAUCAUAUUGUGAAUUUUUUUGGGGGGCACUUCACUUGUUUAUUUAUCCUCAAGAACAGAACAACUACACUUGUGAAGUUUUUUUUGGGGCACUUCACUUGUUUAUUUAUGCUCAAGAACAUAACAACUACACUUGUGAAAUAUUUUGGGGGGCACUUCAGUUGUUUUUUUUGCUUGAGAACAGAACACUACACCUGUGAAUUUUUUUUUUUUUGGGGGGGGGGGCCGCACUUCGCUUGUUUAAUAAUGCUUGAUAACAGAACAACUACACUUGUGAAAUAUUUUGGGGGCACUUCAGUUUUUUUUUUUUUUGCUUGAGAACAGAACAACUAAACUUGUGAAUUUUUUGAGGGGGCACUUCACUUGUUUUUUUUGGGGGGGCACUUCACUUGUUUUUUUUGCACAUAAGAACAGACCAUCUACACUUGGGGUUCAUGAUGAAUAAUUGCUGAGCAAAACUGAGGCCAUAUGCUUUCAUAGUGUGCAUAGUGAUGAAUAUCCUUACCAAUCUUGAAAUCGUUACCCAUCUUACGUUCCUUACCGAUCUUGCUUUCCUUACCAAUCUCCUAAAAUUAGAUAUAGGAGGUGUAGUUCGUACGUUAUCAUGCUGCUAUAAUACGAAGUGUUCUGGUUGCCAAGUUCUACUAGUCGGUUUAGUUGCUGGACGCAACCGACUAGUACAAAUUGGAAAAACAGAACAUUUCGUCAACAUAUGACAUGCGUUGGUCAUCCAUAAAAUGUGCUAGCACGUAUGUUGAAAGAUAGACCUCUGACUUGUACAUGCGUCGGCCUCGUGGAUGGACCAGGAGCUCGACGUUCCUUAAGGCCGUUCUUUCCGACCCAUACAAGGUUCCGUCGCCUGCAUUGUUCCAAGAGUGUCUUGGACGAAAGCAGGAAGUGGAACCUUGUUAAGGUCGGAACGAACUGCCUUAAGGAAGUCGAUGCUUUAGGUCCGUCCACGAGGACGACGCAGCUAGGAGUUAGAGGUUUAUAUUUGAACACACGAGCUAGCCAUGUGAUCAAAACAUGUUUUUAUUUUGCUGUUAAUAUGAUAGUUUAGUUUAGUGGUUAUGAUAGUUUAGUGGAUUUGAACGAAUAUUAAAUUGUAAGAACGCGAAUCGAAGAUGUCGGGCAAGACAGCUCCGGCGGGCACAGAACCGACGGUCAAUAAACCUAAUGGGUAGGACAGCUCCGUCGGGCACAGAACCGAUGUCACUAACAAUCCCCAACACGAAGAAGAUGUCGGGAAGGUACCGACGUCGAGCAAGGAAUCGUGAUGCACACCGAGCGACUCGUUUGAGCUAGAACUAGCGCAAUUGCAGUAUGAAAGACCUGAGGAUGACCCGGAUUAUAUUCCUAUCGAGCAGGCGGUAAUAACUGAAUCCUGUCGAAAUAUAUAUUUGGAAUUAAACUUUCCCCGAUGUAGCGGUCUAAUGACUUAACCGUGCAGAUGGCAACCCGUCGUCGGUCAAAACUAAGUGCCGUCAGGGUUGAACCUGAUUCAGACACAACGACCUCGGGACCACCGCGAACGGACACGACGAUGAGUGGGGGAGCUUGUCCAAAGAAAAAGCGUGGCGAGAAGGGCAGGAACCUCAUGCCGAAGGAGACGUACUACAUUGCUGCUCUCGAUGUUGACGGCAAACCCGUCGAGCCGCAACAUGUAAGGGUGAAGUUUAGCACCGCAUGCGGCGCGCUGGCAAGGCUUCAUGGGCCUCUCAACGUGGACGAAUGGAAGCAUGUUAGCAUUCACAUCAAGAACUUAAUGUGGGAAGGUCUGCAGGAGCACCGUAUUUAUCCGCCUGAGUCGGAGGCACUUGGCCGGAAAUUUGCACUGCAAACAAUUGCCCAUCGGUGGCGACAAUGGAAGUCGGACAUGAACACCAAUUAUGUUCAGAAGAAUAAGACUCCAUUUGAAGAAUGGGGCACCAUUUCAGCAGUGAGUGGGACAAGUUCGUGGCCAAGAUGACGACGCUUCAAGCUCUAGAAAGGAGGAAGAAGAUGUCGGACCUGGCGAAGAAGAACAUAUAUCCACACAGGUUAGGGUCAAGUGGAUGCGCCGGUCACGAGAAGAAAUGGCGAACUACGGAGGAAAAGUUUGCGGCCGAAGGCAAACCUUUGAUUGUGCAGCCCCUAGAUAAGCGAACUAGAAAUUGGGUGUGGGCAAGAACUUCGAGAUGCUGUUGGACUGUCCAGACAUCCAGAACGUGACCACGUCUCUCCAACAGAUCGUCCAGAAGGAGAAGACCGGUGAGUUUGUCCCUCGACGGCAGCAUGAUGAGCUGACCGAAGCUUUGAGAACUACAGAACACUCCGGUAGGUUAGAGGACAGUCGUGCAUGACGAAUUGGAAGGUAGGGUUUCCACAGGAAGCCCAAAGUUACAAGAAGCGCGAUGCCUACAAGGCCAAGAUGCGCCAGGAAAUCACAAAUCAAGUCACACAACAAGUCACCCAACAGUUCUACAGUCUUGCCGCACAACAUCCUCAAGCCUUCCCUGACCUGGUUCCUCAUGGUUUGCAGUCGACACAGAUCCUAAGCUCAGUCGGGUCGGUAGAAAAUACAACCUACCCAGUAGAUAGUAUAACUGGUCCGACACCGUGCAGCUUUGUCGUUCCGAUAGGGAGAGCGGGAAAAACGAAGGAGGUUGCGUCUGGAUUGGCGAUACCGGGGAGACAGUUCCAUAACAGCCUAAUUCCGGCGGACUACGUAAGUGUUCAGGUCGCACUUGUUCAUGGCGACCAGAUGUCGUUGGAGCUUGACAUCCCAACACCAGAGGGGAUUGAACUUCUCAGGGAUGCGGUUAACCAGUUCAUACUCUGGCAUCGUCGUGACAUCAUCCUCACUGGACAGUUCAUGUCGAUGACACCAGCUCCAUCGGUGCCAAAUACGUCUGCACCUCCUGCACCGCCGUCCCCUCCGAUCUGCACUACCCCACCCGGAUCUCCACUCCCACAGAUAUCACCACUUAGAGGUCCUUCUCCACCUCCACAACAAGUAGCACCUAACUCCCCAACUACCCUACCUCGGUAGCCGUCUCCUGCUCCUCAGUCCUAUCUUGCUCCACCCCUUGACGAACAUGUGCCACCUCCACAGCCAGAUACAUCAAAGGAGCAGCCAAAAACCUGUGAAGCCCGCAAGCUCAUACCCGUUAUGGUAUCCACAUACAACAAGGAGAAAAUGGCAGAGUGUGAGACGCGGAUGGUUUUGCAAUCUUUCAAGGGUCGAGGGGGUCCGCUAAAGCCAGUUGGACCUGAUCAGUAUUCGGACGCACAGAAGAGCGUUGUAGGUCUUGCUGACAAAAUGCAAUCUUGGACCUCCAAUGAAGUGCCUAAGGAGUAUGAAUAUGGCAAGCCGUUUUUGCCGUUCAACUUGAUGUGUGAACUCCCAUGGCCAAUGAGGUUGAUGCAUGAGUGGUACUUGAGGGCAAGUGAGUUAGGUCUCGGGAUGAUUACUGUGCAUGUCCCGGAAGGCGCUUUCAAGGAUGGACCUAACGCAAACUUCGCCUUUAGUUUCAAGGACCUCCACGCACUCUUUAAGAUGGAUAAAAUGGAUAUCAAUCUCGUCGACGCUCAAAGAACGGGGACCUUAAUCGGUUACGUAAAUCCAACGAUGGUUUGCGAGACGGCCCACACUGUGCGGAUAUCGGAGGAUAGUGCGGUACUAAAGAAUAAGACACCUCAGGAGAAAAAAGAUUACAUCGAGCGUAUGCGUAAGAGAAAGAUGGCUGAGGUGGGAAAUUACUUGGCCACCUCAUUUCUCGCACACUCCGACAAACGAGUCAUCAUGGUCCCCUACCACUUUGGCGAACACUACAUACUAUUCCUCGUCUAUCCAACGGACCAAACCGUUGUAGUUCUUGAUCCGGCGGACUAUGACAAGGACGCGUACAUGGAGUUCCUAUGCUUGCUGAACUUAGCACACGGCCGUUAUAAGAAACGUGGCGGGUACGUUAAGAAUCCAAGUAGAGAGAAACUGUACAUAAGGGGACACUGGCCGUGUUAUAAGCAACCUAGCUUUACGAACCUAUGCGAUUAUUACGUGUGCGAGAUGCUCAGGGUCAAUGGGAGAUACAAUUGAGUUUACAGAUCUCCCGAGUAUCCCUUAUAGUGCAAGCCGGUUCGAUCAGAAAACACUUAUCAACUUGUGCGUGGACUUGUGCCGGUUCAUUCGCCGCGACAUCUGCAAUCAUUUAGGAGAGUUCCAUGAUCCUCAUAGCGAACUUGCUACGGACCCCAAAUUCAAGAAUCUAAGAGAGUGGGAGAGGCAACAUGCUAUGGACUAAAUGGAUGUAUUUGUCGUGGGGGAUGCUUGUAAUAAACACUAUACUUUUUAUGUAAUAUGAUUUAAUUUGAUGUUUCGGCUAAUUUUCGGCUAAUUUUC